UUUCAAAAAUUACCAAUUUCGUAAUCCUCGCAUUGCUGAAAAGUUCAGAAACGCGUUUCCUUUUGAUCGCAGUGAGAGAGGGAGACAUGUCGUCGUCGUAAUCUCUCACCCCUUUAAAUCUCUCUAUUUCUCCAUUUCACGAACCCUAGAUUCUCCCUUCUUCGACACAUUCAUCCUCAAACCCAUUUUCCUCUUCUUCUUCUUUCCAUAAUUCAAUAUGUGUCCUUUGAGAUUCCUGUUGGUCUUCUUCUCGGCGGUCCUCGCCGGAUAUUUCGCGUGGAAGACGGUGAGCUCUUCUUCGCCGGAACUCAUCUCAGAAGAAGACAACGACUCACCCGUCGAAUUGAAUGAUAAACAAGGACUCUGUUUCAGAAAGAGGAUGGAGAAUGGGUUCUGGGUGUUCGUCGACAUGGCCAGCGGCAAAUACCUUUGGAGGAAUCUUAAGGAGAUGAGAGAGAAGACUCAAUGAUGAAGAAAGCUUGAAUAUAAAAAUUUCGUUUUUCUUUUCUUUUUUUUUGGUCUCUUCUUUGUGCAGAUUGAUAAAUAUAUUAGACGAGUUGAUAGCACCUUGUGUUCUAAUUCAUCCCCUUGAGUUUUGAUCAAUUUUGUUUGUAAUCUGGAAACCACACAAAACAAUAAGUAAAAAAAAAAAAUUGGAGUUUGUAACUUUCAA